CUGCAAUUUCCUGUGUCGGCGUCAAAAUUACAACUUAGCAAGCAAGGAAGCUGAGAUUCGUCUUCGAUUAGAGCUUCGUAUAUAUAAUCCUGCAAAUUCUCUCUCUCUCUCUCUCUACCCCAAAAUAAACACGCACUAACACACCCUCAGAAACACGCAGUAAAGCAGCACAGAGAGCAAUGGACCUUCGUGAAUCGAUCCUCACUCAGACCGACGUUUCCUUCUCACUGGCAAGCCACGUCAUCUCCGCCCACGCCAAAGACGCCAACCUCAUAUUCUCGCCGCUUUCGAUCCACGUCGUCCUGGGCUUGAUUGCCGCCGGGUCGGGCGGCCCGACCCGUGACCAAUUGCUCGGCUUUCUCAAGUCCAAGUCCACCGACGAACUCAAUUCCCUCUCGUCGCAGCUCGUCACUCUGGUUUUCGCCGACGGCUCGCAUCUCGGUGGGCCCCGAUUAUCCUUGGCCAACGGCGUCUGGGUUGAUCAGAGCCUCAGCUUGAAGCCCGAUUUCAAACAAAUUGUCGAGAAUUCUUACAAGGCUGCUUCUAAUCACGUCGAUUUUCAGACUAAGGCUGUCGAGGUAACAAAAGAAGUGAAUACAUGGGCUGAACAGCAAACAAACGGCCUCAUCAAAGAAGUACUCCCAUCCGAUUCAGUCGAUGCUUCCACCAGACUCGUUUUCGCUAACGCAGUGUAUUUCAAAGGAGCAUGGGACGAAAAAUUCGAUUCAUCGCUAACUAAAGACCAAGACUUUUUCCUCCAAAACGGGAGCACAAUUCAAGCCCCUUUCAUGACCAGCAACAAGAAGCAAUAUCUCCGCGCAUUCGACGGUUUCAAAGUUUUGGGGCUACCAUACAAACAAGGCGAAGACAAGCGCAAAUUCACAAUGUACUUCUUUCUUCCAGACGCCAAAGACGGACUCCCGGCUCUGCUCGAAAAAGUCAACUCCAAAUCGGGAUUCGUCAAGAGCCACAUCCCGUACCAGAAAGUCAAAACCGGCGAAUUCCUAAUCCCCAAAUUCAAAAUUGGAUUCGGGUUCGAGGCUUCGGAAGUUCUCAAGGGACUUGGGGUGGUGCUUCCCUUUUCCGAGGGUGGUUUAAGUGAGAUGGUUGACUCGACUGUUGAGGGGAAGAAUUUGUAUGUGUCGAGCAUUUUUCACAAGGCGUUUGUUGAAGUGAACGAGGAAGGUACCGAAGCAGCAGCCGCUUCGGCUGGUGUGAUUAGGCUCAAAGGUUUGAUGAUGGAGGAAAAAAUGGACUUUGUGGCGGAUCAUCCGUUCUUGUUCGUUGUAAGGGAAGAUUUGACUGGUGUCGUGCUCUUUAUUGGCCAGCUUCACAAUCCGCUCGCUGCUUGAUUUUUCGGGUGUUUUCGGACCUUUAUUUUUUAAUGUUUGUGGAACUCUUGUACUAACUUUUUGUGUUGUACUUGUAAAAGCAGAGACUAUCUUGUGGUGAAUUUUGAUGAUAUAGUUGGUAUGUAUGUUGUUUAGCACUUGUUUUAUUUCUUGCUACUAGAGAUGGAAAUCGGAACAGUAAUUCCGAA